AUGCGGUUCAGCGUCGCCGCGCUUGCCGCCGUCGCCGCCGUCGCCGCCGUCGACGCCGCCUGCCCCGCCGCACUCGCCGCCUGCCCUGCUGCGCUGGCCGCCGCCCGCGCCUGCUCCUGCGCCGCCCGGCCCACGCCGGGCGCCUUGGCCAGCAAAUCCUGCGCCGCGCGGCCGACGCCGCCGGGCGCCACCGACAGCAGCGACGGCGCGCCGCCGCCGCCGCCGCCGCCGGCGCCCCCAGC